AAGACUUGUUUUUCUGUUGGUUCUUUUGUUCCUGAAACAGGGGUUUUGUAUGAAGAGCAGCCAGGGAUGUCUUGGUGUUUGAGUUCUUCGACUGGACAAAAAAUAUCUCUGCUUUCUCACAAACUCUUGAAACUCAGAGCAUUCUCUCAUCUGGGUUUUUCUGAAUACGUAAAAGAACGAUUGGGUGGUGAUGAUGCUAAGAGCAGAGCUUGGAAUACUACUCAAACAUCUGGUUCAGAUGUGGAGAGCAGCAUCUAUACAAUUCUCACAAUUGACCGUUGGGAGUCUCUGAAUCACAUGGCAUAUGGGUUGAAGCAACUUAGGCCAGUUCAUGGAAGGCUAGCUUUGAAAUUUCUCAAGUGGGUCAUCAAACAACCUGGUUUGGAACUCAAACACCUCACUCAUAUGUAUUGUCUCACUGCCCAUAUACUUGUUAAAGCAAGAAUGUAUGACUCUGCCAAAUCAAUUUUGAGACAUUUAUGCCAAAUGGGUAUUGGCUCAAAAUCCAUUUUUGGUGCCCUCAUGGACACAUACCCACUUUGCAAUUCAAUUCCUUCAGUUUUUGACCUUCUAAUUCGGGUUUAUUUAAAAGAGUGUAUGAUUGAUUAUGCCGUGGAGACAUUUGAAUUGGUGGGUCUUGUCGGAUUUAAGCCUUCGGUAUAUACUUGUAACAUGAUCCUAGCUUCAAUGGUGAAGGACAAGAGGACAGAAUUGGUUUGGUCAUUGUUUAGGGAAAUGUCGGAUAAGGGAAUUUGCCCAAAUGUUGGUACUUUUAAUAUACUGAUAAAUGGUUUAUGUGUUGAAGGGAAGCUUAAGAAAGCUGGCAAUCUCUUGAAACAGAUGGAAGAGAAUGGUUUCGUGCCCACCAUAGUUACUUAUAAUACUUUGCUCAAUUGGUAUUGCAAGAAGGGAAGGCAUAAAGCGGCUAUUGAGUUGAUUGAUUAUAUGAUUUGUAAAGGUAUUGAAGCUGAUGUCUGUACGUAUAAUGUGUUUAUCGAUAAUUUGUGUACAAACCACAGGAGUGCAAAAGCUUAUUUAUUGUUGAAAAAGAUGAGGAAGGAGAUGAUAUCCCCAAAUGAAGUCACAUAUAAUACUCUUAUUAAUGGGUUUGUUAAAGAGGGAAAGAUUGGAGUUGCUGCUCAAGUUUUUAAUGAGAUGUCAAAGUUUGAUCUUUCACCAAACUGUGUUACUUAUAAUGCUUUGAUUGGUGGCCAUUGUCAUGUGGGUGAUUUUGAGGAAGCUCUGAGGCUUUUAGAUCAUAUGGAAGCAGCUGGACUCAGACUUAAUGAAGUUACCUAUGGGACUCUUUUGAAUGGGUUAUGCAAACAUGAAAAGUUUGAGUUGGCAAAAAGACUUCUGGAGAGGAUGAGGGUGAAUGAUAUGGUUGUUGGUCAUAUUGCUUAUACAGUGUUGAUUGAUGGGCUAUGCAAAAAUGGGAUGCUUGAUGAAGCUGUACAGUUGGUGGGUAACAUGUACAAGGAUGGAGUAAAGCCUGAUGUUAUCACAUAUUCAUCACUCAUAAAUGGAUUUUGCAGAGUGGGAAACAUAAAGAGUGCUAAAGAGAUAAUUUGUAGGAUGUAUAGAUCUGGGCUUGUACUGAACAAGAUCAUAUACUCAACCUUAAUUUACAAUUUUUGCCAGCAUGGAAAUGUUACAGAAGCAAUGAAAGUUUAUGCUGUCAUGAACUGCAAUGGCCAUGGUGCUGACCAUUUCACGUGUAAUGUGUUGGUUUCUUCUCUCUGUAGAGAUGGAAAGUUAGGGGAGGCAGAAAAAUUUCUUUGUCAUAUGAGUAGGAUUGGCCUAGUUCCUAACUCCAUCACUUAUGACUGUAUUAUAAAUGGCUAUGGCAGUAUUGGGGAUCCUUUAAAUGCUUUUUCCUUCUUUGAUGACAUGAUCAAAUGUGGUCAGUAUCCAAGUUUUUUCACAUAUGGAAGUCUACUAAAAGGAUUAUGCAAGGGGGGAAAUUUGGUGGAAGCAAAAAAGUUCUUGAAUAGACUCCAUUACAUUCCUGGUGCUGUAGACUCUGUUAUGUACAAUACAUUACUAGCUGAGACAUGUAAAUCAGGCAAUUUGCAUGAGGCAGUGGCCCUCUUUGAUAAGAUGGUCCAGAAUAAUGUGCUGCCUGAUAGCUACACAUACUCUAGUCUUUUGUCUGGGUUAUGUAGGAAGGGCAAGGCAGUUACUGCAGUUUGUCUAUUUGGAACAGCCAUGGGAAGGGGAACCUUGUUUCCUAACCAUGUUAUGUACACAUGUUUGGUUGACGGUCUUUCCAAGGCAGGCCAUGCAAAGGCUGCUUUCUAUUUCUUUGAAGAGAUGAUGAAGAAAGGUACAUGCCCUGAUACAGUUGCAUUCAAUGCAAUUAUAGACAGUUGCUCAAGAAGAGGUCAAAUGAUGAAGGCAAAUAAUUUUUUCUCCACAAUGAGGUGGUGGGGUGUGUGUCCUAAUCUGGCUACUUAUAAUAUUCUUUUGCAUGGGUUUUCAAAAAAACAGGCUUUGUUAAGGUACUUAACAUUAUACAGUACCAUGAUGAGGGAGGGUAUUUUCCCUGAUAAGUUGACAUUCCAUUCUCUCAUUCUUGGACUUUCAAAGUCAGGUAUACCGGACCUUGGGGUUAAGCUUUUGGGAAAGAUGAUAAUGGAAGGUACUUUAGCUGAUCAGUUUACAUUUAAUAUACUUAUCAAUAAGUAUAGUGAGAGUGGAAAGAUAAGAAAGGCCUUUGAUCUGUUCAAUUUUAUGAAUACCUUGGGGGUUUUUCCUGAUCGAGAUACCUACAACCACAUUUUUAAUGGACUCAAUAAAAAAUCUGCUUUCCGAGAAUCUACUGUGGUUUUACAUGAAAUGUUGGAAAAUGGUGUUAUUCCAAAACACGCCCAAUAUAUUACUUUGAUUAAUGGCAUGUGUAGAGUUGGAGAUAUACAAGGAGCAUUCAAACUAAAAGAUGAGAUGGAAGCACUUGGUUUUGGCUCCCAUGAAGUAGCUGAGAGUGCUAUGGUUAGAGGGCUUCUGCACUGUGGAAAGACUGAAGAUGCAAUGCUUGUUUUGGAUCAUAUGCUUAGGAUGCGACUUCUUCCCACUAUUGCCACAUUCACAACUUUAAUGCAUAGAUUCUGUAGAGAUGCUAAGAUUGCAGAGGCUUUAAAGUUGAAGGGUGUAAUGGAGCUUUGUGGUCUGAAGCUUGAUGUUGUUGCUUACAAUGUUCUCAUUAUGGGCAUGUGUGCUAAUGGGGAUUCUGCAGCUGCAUUUGAGCUAUACGAGGAAAUGAGACAUAGGGAUCUUUGUCCGAAUAUUACCACCUAUGCUGUUCUUGUUGAUGCCAUUUCUGCUGAAAAUAAUGUUAUUCAGGGUGAAAAGCUUUUGACUGAUCUACAGGAGCGGGGAUUGAUAUCUUGGGGUGGUAGCACCCAACAUUUGGACGAGGAAUUGACGGUUGCCAUGGGAAAAUUAAAUUAUAUAAGGUUCAAAAGAAGAAAUAGUGUCAAUAACAGGACAAAUUAGCUGGGCCACAUGAUAUGGUUUUGGGGAUGCAAAAUAUAGGUUGUUCCUCUGGAAGCCUACUAUCUAAUGAUGCUGAGAUGGGCCUUCCAAGUACUUAACAGUUGUGCCCUUGGCUUGGUGCUUCUAUCCCACAACAACUGAAUGGACUAUUACUACAGUUACUCCUUAGUGUAGCAUCAUGGAGAUUUCCUUCAAUGGGUUGAUCUUUCUAAUGAUUUUAAUUCAUGCUUUGGGAACCACAUGAUGUUAAGGCAGGAUUUGCAGGUUCAGAAUGACCUUUUGCAAUCUGAUCCUCACUUCCAAGAUGCUGUUCUUCACAUUAUUUAUGUUAUAAGAACAACCAUGUAUAGCUGCAGUGGCAAGCAUUUCUAUUAUACAUAUUAGGUCUAUAAUAUAUAUAUUCUCUUUUCUUCUUCUCCCCCAUAAAGUUUCAAACUUUCGGUUCUCAUGUAAGUGCUGCAGCAUCUUUCAAUAUCUACUGGCUUAAUAAGGCUCUUCUUUGUAAAUGGUGUUGGCGCUUUGCGGAUGAAAGGGGGACUCUUUGAAAACAAGCUAUUAGUGGGAAGUGUGGGGUAGAAGAAGGGGGAUGGAGCUCUUGUGAAGUGAGAGAGGGGUAUGAGGUGGCCUUUGGAAAGCUAUAAGGAAAUAAUGGAAUACCUUGGGUAAUAGAAUUGCUUUUGAAGUGGGUAAUGGCAAAAGGGUGAGUUUUUAGAAGGAUAAGAGGUGUGGCGACAAGGCCUUGUGUCUUUCUUUCCCCUCUUUUAUUUGCUCUUGUGGUUUCAAAAGAGGUGCAGGUGGCGGAUGUAUGGGACUCUUAAGAUCGAGGAUGGCAAUUGGAAUCUGAGUUUCUCUAGGCCUUUUAAUGAUUAGGAGGUGGAUAUUGUGGAAAGGUUCUGUUCAAGAAUACAAGAGAAGAGGGUGCCCCCUGAUUUGGAAGAUAAGGUGCUUUGGACAGUGUUAAAGAAUGAAAAGUUUUCUGUUAAGUCUCUCUAUGAUGCUUUGGAGCCAGAUGAUGCAGUCCCUUUUCUGAGGAGUAUCAUUUGGAGCCUGUGAGUUCCUUCCAAGGCAGGUUUUUUCGCUUGGAAGCAGCAUGGGGAAAGGCCUUAACAUUGGAUCAGGUGAAAAGGAAGGGAUGAUCUCUAACGAAUGGAUGGUUUCUUUGCCAUGUCGAAGAAGAGACCAUUGACCACAUUCUACUUCAUUGCGUUAAGGCUAAGGUGCUGUGGCAGUUACUUUUUGCUCUUACCCUUGUUAGUUAGAGAGACUCUUUUUAGUUGGUAUUACUCAUUUGUGGGGAAGAAAUGCAAAAAGGCUUGGAAGGUAGCCCCUUUGUGUAUUUUUUGGAUAAUUUGGAAGGAAAGGAACAGACUUUGCCUUUGAUAAUGAGGAGCUGUUGGUACAAAGGCUGAAAAAUUCCUUUGUUUGUACUUUUUGGUCUUAGACUAUGUCAUGUAUAGAUAAAGUGUCUCUUUUUUUAUUGGUUGGGCUCUAGAUGAGGGUGGGUGGUAUUUUUUGUAACCCCUCUUUUUGUAGAUUCUACUAUUAGGCGAUAGCUGUAUAUUUCCUGUAUGCCUCAGGAUGCCUAUUGGGCAUCCUUUCUUCUUAUUCAAUACGAUAUUGAUUUUACCUAUAUAUAAAAAAAGGGAAAUCUUUCAGUCUGUCUACUGGCUUGCACCAAUUUGGAUAUGAUUGAGGCUUGUCUGCAAACAUUUGCAGCUUUAUUCAAUCAAUCAACUGGAAAGUACUCCCUAUGAGAUGCUUCUGUGACUUCAAGGUAAUUUAGUUCUGCUUCAGGUUGGGUGCAAAAAAGGAAUAAGGGCUAGGAUUAAUUGGAUGUGGUGUUCAUAGAAUGGGUCUGAUCCAAGUGCUUAUAAGUUGGGUUGCAUGCUCCAUUUUGUUUUCCAUGCAGUGAAUUAUCAAAUGGACCACCAAUUACAGAGCAGCAGGCCCAAGGCUAACAAGUUAUUCAGUUUCCUAGCAUGAAUGUUCAUGAAGAGAUGAUCUUGAGCUUUUCAAUGAGUUAGCGAGUCAAGUCUCCAAUACUUCAAGAUUCUCCUUUGACUAAUUGUGCUUUGCAGGUGCUUUCAACUCUUUAUCCAAUGAGCAUUCAAUUUUAUGCUUUUGUAGUUCUCAUUCUAGCAAGCAGUGAUCAAUGAGUUGGUCAUAUUUUUCUAUGGUGAGCCUAAACUCAUCAAUGAAUUGGUGCCACUAUUGACCUAUGAAGACCGUAGCAUUUGCAUUUGAUCAGCACUGCUGGACACAGAAGCUUUUGAAUUACAUCAUUCUAGUUGCUUCAUUGUUCAGAGACUUGGAGGAUUUAGAUGAUGCCAUUUCAUGCCUGAAAGUAGAAGUUUCUCACUGAAAAUGGCUUGAAGCAACCACAUGAAACUUCAAAUGGUAGUAGGAAAAGUACUCUACUAGUUGCUGAUACUUCUAAUGAGUUGGAUGACAUACAGCCUUGUUAUUCUGAAGCAUUGGCUGCUUAAUACCACCAGUUACUGGUGAAAGCUUUGUGCACUGUGCUUGUAUUUAUAUGUUUUUGAUAAGAUUUCUUUGCAUCAUCAUUCAUGUUUUAUUAUUUAGAUUUGGUGGUGGGGUGUAUUCACUUGUAUUGCCUAUCACAUGCAGUAUCAUUCCCGUGAUCCUUAGUAUUUUCCUGUCUUGGAUGCCCAUGGCAGGGAACCUGGCCUUGCCUUAAAAAAACAUUGGCAAAUCUUCUGGGGACAUGGCUGUUGAAGAAUGUUGUCAGGUGUUGUUGUUUGCGACUUGACAAGACAGCAUAUCCCGGAUAUGGUUAAGCAGGCUAUUAUACACUUAAAUGUGCUGGCUGGAUGAAACACAUGCUCUUGGAAUUCCCUGAAAAUGGAAGCGUGACUACUUUUAGUCUUCUAAGAAGUUUCCUCUUCCCUGGAUAAAACACUGCCACCUGCCAUUAUUGGGCAUUUACUUGAUGAUCAUCAGACAUUUCAAACACCAUAGACUCGAAGAUUAUACCGAGUGGAAGUUUGCAUGCUGGACAUGAUUCAACUUGAGCCUACUAUCUCUUGACAGAUUGUAGUUUUCAUGAAAGCUACAGAUGCUAUUUGUCAGUUGGAAUCAUUUGGAGGGAGGACCAUUGUCAUUUUAUAAAGGGGAAAAACAGAAAAUGGAAAUUGAAAAGGGUUCUGGUGCCGAUCUUGGAUCAUCUUCUAAUGAAUGUGCACAAGUUCCUGAAAUAAGAUACAUGAUGGAUUAGUAUGUGAUUGAAAGGCUACAGGAAGAUUCCUGCAGAGUCCUCUUAAAAAUCUAUUGGAAUACCUGCUACAAAGGCCACAAAUAUGGUAUGAAUUAACUACCGUGACGGUAGAUGGACCUCUGCUACUGAGGUCAAAAUUGAAACAGAGGUUGAUGGAACAAGGUGGACUUGAGCAACCCAUCUGAACAAUCUGCUGGUCUUGCUUAAGAAUAUGAAGCUUUGUGACAAACUUAUUUGGACUAUAUGGGCUCGAAUGAAGGAAUUGAUGCUAUCAAUGCCUUGACAUGUAGCUUUUGGAACUAUCAUCAGGAAACACUUACUGGUAAUGAGAAUCAGAUGAGUCAUCGAGCAAAUCAGAAAACUCUUCACCCAACAGGUUCUUCUCCUCCUCUUCUCCAUUCAGCUUUGGCUUUGAACUGCUUCCUCCAAUCCACCCUUCAUCUGGGUUGUCCCAGUGGAUUCUCGUGUCAACUCCUGGUGGGGCUCUCUGCCUGGGGUUUUUCGAGUCCUGGGCUGCUGCUAAAACCCAAAAACCACCCUGGCUGCUGCUGCUUCUUCUUCUUCUUCUGCUAGGUGUUACUGAUCUGAGUUGGUUUGUGGUAUUCUGGGUUUUGAAAGGAGGGAGAAUGAAGGUGGGGGUGCAGCUGUGGAAGCCAUGGGAGUGAAAGCAAAUGGUGUGGUGGUGGGCUUACAUGUUGAAAGGAGAGAAGGAUACACUACCUCUUGUUUUUGUGGCUGAAAUUCAGAGAACAGGAGAGGGAUUUGUUUGUUUCCCCAUGAAAAUUGACGUGCUCAUCAAAAUUCUGAAUAUUUUUUUCUUUCAAUUUCUUUCUGCAAUGAAAUAGAAAAUUUUCAUACCAAAAUGGUAUUGCUGCCAAGUUCUCAGUA